AUGGCUUCGCAGUCCGAUCACAUUGAAAAGGAUAGUAUAAGCAAGAUGGAGGACGGUGGGGCUUCCUCCGUCGGCGCCGAGGGCUCGAGGUUCUGCUCUGCGACGGUCGUCAACUGUGUACAAAGGUUGAUUGCCGAGGCCGUCGGAACUUUCUUCAUCAUGUUCAUCGGAUGCGGGUCGAUUGUGGGGAAUAUGAUGCACAGCACGGUGACAUUCCCGGGAAUUUGCACCGCAUGGGGCCUCGUCGUGACCGCCAUGGUUUAUGCAGUCGCUCAUAUUUCGGGAGCUCACUUCAAUCCGGCUGUCACCAUCACUUUUACUGCCCUCGGAAAAUUUCCCCUAAAGGAGGCACCACUUUACAUAGUAUCCCAGCUAGUAGGAGCAAUUUUUGGAAGUGGGGUUUUGUAUUUGUUACUAAACCCUAAGCCGGAGCAAUUUUACGGAACAAUCCCUGUGGGAUCAGUUAUUCAGUCCUUCGUACUAGAGAUUAUUAUUUCAUUCUUAUUAAUGUUCGUUAUUUCCGGCGCAUUUGCAGAUACAAGAGCAAUUGGAGAACUGGGAGGAAUAGCUAUUGGAGCUACAAUACUACUUUCUUGCCUUACUGCUGGGCCUAUUUCGGGCGCAUCGAUGAACCCUGCAAGAAGUAUAGGCCCAGCUAUUAUCAUGCACAAUUACAAGGCUCUUUGGGCGUAUAUUUUCGGUCCAGUGAUUGGCAUGCUCGCAGGCGGCUUUACGUAUAAACUCAUCAAAUUUUUAGAUAAACCAUCUCAGGAUGUUACGAAAAAUAGUACCUUCCUUAAAAACAUUUAA